AUGACCGGAGAAUGGACCAUCGAUAUCGACCACCUGCGUAUGCCCCCUGGGCUGCGGAAACGCCUCGAGGCCAUCGAGACGAGAGACCACGGGGCCAGAUACGUGUGUACGGCGGCAGGGCGUGGUCAUAUCUACUUUAUAGACCCGUUCCCCCACGAGGGCGAGAACUAUGUCUACCACCUCCAAACGCAGUGGAAGCUUACGUAUCCCAAUCAACUCAAGGGCAAGAUCAAGAAACAAGGGUUUAUCGUGUUGGACAGACCACGUGGCAUGGGCUGCGAGGUAUGGGAUCCUUUGUUCGCGGUCACAGAGAUGGGCGUGAAGCGCGGAUCGAUCGAGCUGAACUGGUCAGAGAGUCACGACACGGUCCUGAAGUAUCACACGAAGCCUUGGGUCAUGAACGACUUCGCGACGUUGCACUUAGUCUUAGAGGAGACGUAUCCGGCGCUUGAAAUUACCAUGACCGUCGUCGGCAGUUUCCUCCUGGCAGGUGUUGUGGCCACCGCUUCCUGA